AUGGAAGAACAAUAUGUAACUGAAAUUCCUAGUAGCUUAAAGCAAUUGGCUCGUCUCGUUGUCAGAGGGUUUUAUAAUAUAGAAGAUGCGUUAAUUGUUGAUAUGUUGGUUCGUAAUCCUUGUAUGAAAGAAGAUGACAUAUGUGAACUCUUGAAAUUUGAAAGAAAAAUGCUUCGAUCUAAAAUUGCUACUUUGAAGAAUGAUAAAUUUAUACAAGUACGACUUAAAAUGGAAACAGGGUUCGAUGGAAAGGCGCAAAAAGUUAAUUAUUAUUUCAUUAAUUAUAAGACUUUCGUUAAUGUAGUAAAAUAUAAACUAGAUCUCAUGCGUAAAAGAAUGGAAACUGAAGAAAGAGAUGCUACUAGCAGAGCAAGUUUUAAAUGUCCUAACUGUUUAAAAACAUUUACGGAUUUAGAGGCAGAUCAGCUAUAUGACAUGUUCACUCAACAAUUCUUGUGCACCCAUUGUAAACAAGAAGUAGAAGAAGAUCAAUCUGCUUUGCCGAAAAAAGAUUCUAGGUUAUUACUUGCCAAAUUUAAUGAACAAUUAGAACCUCUAUUUGUAUUACUUAGACAGGUUGAAGGUAUAAAGUUAGCACCAGAACUUUUAGAACCUGAGCCUGUGGAUAUAAGUUCUAUUAAAGGAAGUGACAAAAAAUCUAAUCAAAUCUCAAAAAGUGGUAAUGAACAAUGGUCUGGAGAAUUAACUCGAAACCAGGGUUUCAAAGUUGAAGAAGCUCAUGUGGAUAUAACAAUCGGUGAAGAUCCAUUGCAUAAUCAAACAUCCAGAAAGGAAAGGCCAGUAUGGAUGACUCAGAGUACAAUAAUAAAUCAAGAUAUAAUAGAGAAUAAACCUGAUUUACAUAUAAGUGACUUACCUGCUGUUGAAACAAACGAAAAACCAAUUAAUAAGACUGGAGAAGAUAUAAUGUCUGUUUUACUGCAACAUGAGAAAAAAGAGCAAAGUAAAGCAGAUGCAGUUAGAGCAAUUAAGAAAAAUGAUUCGAGUGAUUCUAGUGAUGAUGAACCAGCAGCUUUUAAUUCUGUAAAUAAAGAUGUUGAUGCAAUGUCUUCAGAUGAUGAAGAUAAUGCUCCUGUUGUAAUGGUAGGAGGUAAACCAAUUCCAGUAACCCAAGUAGAUGAUAGAAUAAUAUCUCAAAUGACUCCAUCGGAAAAAGAAGCAUAUAUUCAAACUUACCAGGAAUGCUAUUCUAAUUUAUAUGAUUAA